AUGAAUACAAACAAUGAAAAACUCUACACUUCUAUUGCCAUAAAAAAUGCGCUUUUCUCCCAAAUUGUCCUUGGGAUCACAGCCAAUACCAUCCUUCUUCUCUUCCACGUCCACACCUUGCUUCUCAAGCACAGGCCUAAGCCCACCGACUUGACCAUCGGUCACUUGGCCCUAAUCCACAUAAUAAUGCUGCUAACCAUGGGGUUCAUGGUUACAGAAAGUUUUGGGUCUCAGAAUUUUUGGAACGUCGUCAAAUGUAAGUCAGUUAUCUACUUGUACAGGUUGACGAGGAGCCUGUCCGUUUGUACCACCUGCCUACUGAGCAUCCUCCAAGCCAUCAUCCUCAGCCCCAGAAGCUCCCAUUUGGCAAAGCUCAAGCAUAAAUCCUCACACCACAACCUGUAUCGCAUUCUCCUCCUGCGGGUCUUCAAUAUGUCCAUUAAUGCUUGCUGCUUAAUCUCCACCAUUGCCACCCUCAAUGUGACCUCAGCCCAUCUUCUGUUUGUCACUGAAUCCUGCUCUCUUUUACGCUUGAGUUACCUCCCUGAGUACAUAUUUUCCACAUUGGGGAUAUUCUGGGACAUUUCCUUUAUAGGGCUCAUGGCCCUCUCAAGUGGACACAUGGUGACUCUCUUGUACAGGCAUAAGAGGCAGUCCCGGCAUCUUCACAGCACCAACCUUUCUCCAAAAGCAUCCCCAGAAGAAAGGGCCACCCACACCAUUCUGUUGUUUCUGAGUGUCUUUGUGUUUGUGUACUUUUUGGAUUAUAUUACCUCCGUCUCCUUAGAAAUGUGGUGGAACAAUGACUCAGUUCGUCAACAUGUCCACGUGCUGGUGACCAAUAGCUAUACCACAGUCAGCCCUUUGGUGCUAAUCAGUACUGAAAAAAGAAUAAUGAAAGUUUUAAAAUCCGUGUGUGGAAGGACAGUAAAUGCUUAA